GUAAAGAAACUAAUUAUGUGAGUCGACUGAAUAAAGCGGCAGUGAUUUGUUAGCAUUUUUUCAUCGAAACACGUGGGCAUCUGUGCUGCAUCUUUUGUAGUUUCAAAUUCACGCUAAUUUAGAGAGGUAGUACAUCAAAACAACAGAAAAUCAUGAAUGCUGAAAGAAUUAAAUGGUUGAAAAGUGAGAAUCAAAAGGUUAAUGAUGAAAUCAUUAUGCACAAGAAAAAACACGAGGAACUGAGGGUCAGGAUUAAACAGCUUACAGAAGGUAUUAGUAACCGGAGCAAUCAGCUUGGUGCUAUAAAAAAGCGCUGUGAAGAAACCAAAUUACAAGUGACGGAGCUUAUGACUAACGAGAAGAGAAUUACAGCUAUUCAUGAGAUUGAGAAAUCCCGGUACUCUAAAAUCCGGCAAGCUGUUGAAGACUAUAAGGCCACCAUUUUAAGUGUCACCAGAAAAAAUACGGAUCCGGUUCAUGGGAACAGUUCCGCUGUACUUUCUCCGAAUCAGCUUUCGUACGCUCGUUGCUCUCGUGAAUACCAGUUAGACGAAAAGGAACGACGCCUGACCGAGCUGAAACGAUCGCUGGCGAAACGUGAACAGGAUUUGGUUAUAAAACGUAACCACAAUUCGGCGCGGAUCGUUCGGCUGAGGAAGCUGCUGCAGUCCAAUGAAGCAAAGCGUGCCCUGUGUAAGGAACAGUUGAGCGCACUGAAGUCCAGAGCU